AUCAGUCUUUACGGGGAAACGGCUAUGCAGAAUAUGUGCCGGGUUUAUUCACUCUGGACCUUCCCCACCCUCCCACCCCUGUUUCAGCCAAUGGACACUACAAUUCCCGGAGCCAGUCGCUGAGAUCUACUGAUAACAGGAAACGGGAUGAUAUGGAUGAGCUUCAACAGUACGGAUACCCCGCUCCUCAAAUAGGUGAUCCAGCGGCCGAGGAGUGGUCCCCCUGGAGCGUGUGCUCGACCACCUGUGGGGAGGGCUGGCAGACUCGGACGAGGUUCUGCGUGUCGUAUUCCUACAGCACCCAGUGCAGCGGCCCCCUCCGGGAGCAACGGCAAUGCAACAAUUCCGCUGUCUGCCCAGUUCACGGGACGUGGGACGAGUGGUCCCCUUGGAGUCUGUGCUCAUCCACCUGUGGGAGAGGCUACAGGGAUCGCACCCGGACUUGCAAACCCCCUCAGUUUGGGGGCAACCCUUGUGAGGGGCCUGAGAAACAAACCAAGUUCUGCAAUAUUGCACUCUGCCCAGUGGACGGCAACUGGAACGAGUGGUCAAGCUGGAGCUCCUGUUCCACCACCUGCUCCAACGGCACCCAGCAGCGGACCCGCGAGUGCAACGGGCCGUCGUACGGCGGAGCCGAGUGCCAGGGCCAGUGGGUGGAGACCCGGGACUGCUUCUUGCGGCAGUGCCCAGUGGAUGGAAGGUGGCAAGCAUGGGGUCCCUGGGGAAGCUGCACCGCCACUUGCGGAGGGGGAACCCAGAAGCGGGACCGCACCUGCUAUGGCCCUUUCUUCGGAGGAGAGGUGUGCCAGGGCCCCAAGGACGAAUACAAGCAGUGCAGUGAGAAACGGUGCCCAGAGCCCCAUGAAAUCUGCGAUGAAGAUAGCUUUGCCUCUGUGAUUUGGAAAGAGACCCCCGCUGGAGAGGCUGCAGCAGUCCGUUGUCCCCGUAACGCCACAGGUCUGAUCCUACGGCAGUGCCUGCUAGACGAAGAGGGCAUUGCCUACUGGGUGCUUCCAACGUACAUCAAGUGUGUUUCCAUUGACUACAGGAACAUCCAGAUGAUGACAAGGGAACAUCUUUCCAAAGCCCAGCGGGGUCUGAUAGGGGAAGGGGUGUCCGAAGUUUUGCAAACCCUGGUAGAAAUUUCUCAGGAUGGGACCAGCUACAGUGGGGACCUGUUGUCAACCUUUGACGUGCUCAGGAACAUGACGGAGAUCUUCCGCAGGGCUUAUUACAGUGCCUCGGCCAGUGACAUACAGAAUUUUGUGCAGAUAAUUAGCAACAUAUUGAUGGAGGACAACCGAGACAAGUGGGAAGAGGCUCAGCUGAUGGGACCAAAUGCCAAGGAACUGUUUAGGUUGGUGGAAGACUUCAUUGACGUCAUUGGAUUUCGGAUGAAGGACUUCCAGGACUCCUAUCAAGUGACCGAAAAUCUGGUUUUCAGCAUCCAGAAGCUCCCGGCCAAUGCAGCCAAAGACAUCAGCUUCCCAAUGAAAGGCUGGCGGGGCAUGGUGGAUUGGGCCCGCACGGCAGAGGACAAGGUCAUGGUGUCCAAAAGCAUUCUCUCCACUGGGGUUUCAGAGACGGAUGACUCCGCUGUCUUCGUGGUGGGGACAGUAUUGUACCGAAACCUGGGUGGGAUCCUCUCCCUCCAGAGGAAUACCACCGUGCUGAAUUCUAGAGUCAUCUCGGUGACUGUGAAACCUGCACCCCGGUCGCUGCUCACCCCAAUGGAAAUUGAGUUCUCCCAUUUGUACAAUGGGACUACAAACCAGACCUGUAUCCACUGGGAUGAAGCUGAUGUACCCUCCUCCACCACCACCACUGCCGCCUCCUCCUCCUCCUCCUUCUCCUCGUCUCAGCUUGGUGCCUGGUCCUGGCGUGGCUGCCGAACGGUCCCGGUCGAUCCUUUCCGGACUAAAUGCCUCUGUGACAGAAUCUCUACCUUCGCCAUCUUAGCACAGCUCAGUGCUGACAUGAAUACAGAAAAGGUGCUUGUUCCUUCGGUCACGUUAAUCGUGGGCUGUGGAGUGUCUUCCUUGACUCUUUUGCUCUUGAUAAUCAUUUAUAUCUCAGUCUGGAGGUACAUCCGCUCAGAACGGUCGGUCAUCCUUAUCAACUUCUGCCUCUCCAUCAUAUCUUCCAACGCUCUCAUCCUGAUUGGGCAAACCCAGACCCGGAAUAAGGUGGUGUGCACUUUGGUGGCAGCCUUCCUGCAUUUUUUCUUCCUCUCCUCCUUCUGCUGGGUGCUGACGGAAGCCUGGCAGUCCUACAUGGCCGUGUCCGGCAGGCUGCGGAACCGCAUCAUCCGUAAACGCUUCCUGUGUCUCGGAUGGGGCCUGCCUGCCUUGGUGGUAGCCAUCUCUGUGGGAUUCACUAAAGCCAAGGGGUACAGCACCGCAAACUACUGUUGGCUGUCGUUGGAAGGAGGCCUGCUUUAUGCCUUCGUGGGACCUGCAGCCGCCGUUGUUUUGGUGAACAUGGUAAUUGGUAUUCUGGUGUUUAACAAACUUGUAUCCAAAGAUGGAAUAACAGAUAAGAAACUGAAGGAACGGGCAGGGGCGUCCCUUUGGAGCUCUUGCGUGGUCCUGCCCCUUCUCGCUUUGACCUGGAUGUCGGCGGUGCUAGCGAUCACAGACCGCCGGUCGGCCCUCUUCCAGAUCCUCUUCGCGGUCUUUGACUCCUUGGAGGGCUUCGUCAUCGUGAUGGUCCACUGCAUCCUCCGAAGAGAGGUGCAGGAUGCUGUGAAGUGUCGAGUGGUGGACCGCCAAGAAGAAGGAAACGGCGAUUCUGGGGGGUCAUUUCAGAAUGGACAUGCUCAACUAAUGACGGAUUUUGAGAAGGACGUGGAUAUGGCGUGUAGAUCAGUGCUAAAUAAAGACAUCAGCACUUGCCGGACCAUGACCAUCACAGGAACCUUGAAGCGCCCAUCACUGCAGGAUGAGGAGAAGCUGAAGCUGAACCACCAAAAGGGUCCGUUGAACUUUAACAGUCUUCCAGCCAAUGUCUCCAAGAUGCACCUCCAGGGCUCCCCCCAUUACCUGGGGGCCAUCAACCUCAAUGACUUCAGCAACCACACCCUCACUCUGAAGAAGGACAAGAGUCAGCCUCCCAAGUCCAUCUACAUCUGCGACGGGGAUAUUUUCAAAAAGCUGGACUCGGAGCUCUCCCGGGCACAGGACCAAGCCAUAGAUUCCAGCUAUGUCAUCCUGCCCACCAACACCUCCACCCUACGGCCCAAGCCACCACCUCCACCGCCACCACCCAAGGAUGAGACAAAAUACAGCAUCAACAUUGACCAGAUGCCUCAGACGAGGCUCAUCCACCUCAGCAUGGCCACUGACCCGGGCUUUGUGGUCAAGAGCCCCCCAAGAGAGCCCGUGCUGAUGAGCUGCGGGGAGGUUCAGGCUCCCCCACUGGUGCAGCAGCAGCAGCAACAGCAGCUGUCGCCCCCAACGGUCAACAAAUCCGGCGAUUCACACAUGCCCAACAGCUUGUGUGAGCCAGGGGAAUCGGGCAACUCUGGGUUGGUGUCCAAGAGUGAGACGGUCUCCACUCUUUCCAUGAGCUCGCUUGAGAGACGGAAAUCCCGGUAUGCAGAACUAGAUUUUGAGAAAAUCAUGCACACAAGAAAACGUCACCAAGACAUGUUCCAGGACUUGAACCGGAAGCUGCAGCAUGCAGAGAAAGAGAAGGAAUCCCCAACAACAGACCCCAAGCAAGAAAAACAGCAGACACCAAACAAGAGACCCUGGGAAGGGAUCCGGAAGGUCCACUCGCCACCAGCAUGGGUCAAAAAGGACAUGGAGACAGUUGUUCAGUCUCCUUUGGAACUCAAAACUGUGGAGUGGGAAAAGGCUGGUGCGACAAUUCCCCUGGUCGGACAAGACAUUAUCGACCUCCAGACGGAGGUUUGAGGAGGGAAAGAGAAGAGAAAAGAGACUCUCAGGGUGUCUUUCCCCCUCCAGAAAAUACAAAACAAAAGCAAAAUACAAACAGAUAAGAUUUUUUUAAAGAAAAAGAACCCAUCCAAUGGAAUCGAAAUGGAGAGAGCGAAGCCCAUUGGUUUCUUUUUGAAACCCUUCAGUGACAAGGAGGAAACACUGGUGUAACCUGUGAAUUGUUCUCUGCAGACAGGGUGUGGGGGAAGUAUUACUUUGUAGAACAUAGUAGCAGUAGGUGCAGAAUGAAAUACGGUCUUUCCCAGGUAUGGAAAGGUAGCUGGGUGGGGGGAAUGAAGCAGGCCAAGGGACAGGAAAGGACAUGGGAGAAGGAAAGGAUCGGAGAUUUUAAGGUACGAAGUCAGCCUCGGGCCCUUGGUGGCCAAAUGUUGAAUUGAGCAUUUUACAGCCAAUGUCCACGCUGCGACAACGGAUGUCGAGAAUGAGGGAGGUGCCAUUCAGAAAGAACGA